AUGCUAGAUGGCAAUCGUAGUAUCAGAUUUGCGUCUUCGGCCGUCUCAAUCGCGCUACGGGGCAAAGAGGUGGUGGAAGCCGCCGUCGGUGGCGUCUCAGUAUACUAUCGCUGCGCCGCCGGCAAACGCGAGGAGCACAGUUGUAGGCCAGGGGCGCUGCUGUUCCUGCCGGUCUUGGUGCCCGCCGAGGGGGGAAAGGAUGUGCCGCUUGUUUCCGAAAGCAAUACCGAUCGCUGCUUUCCCAGGCGGGACGAAAAACGGCGCGUGCGGAGGAAGAAGGACAAGAACAACGGCGAACUUGCUUUUCUCACUCACGAAACUCGGUGGAAUCCUUCGAUUUCUUUCUUGCUGGCGUUUAUUUUGUUCGCGGCGUGGUUGGGGAGUUGGCCUUCCCUUCGUGACGAAUGGCUUCUGGUGCGUGCUGGCUCGGGCAACAAGCACUACUAUGGAGUCUGGAGCAUCUACAUCGUUGGCGGCCGCAACCUCGGCAGUAGCGAAACGUGGCCGUCCGCGCCAGUGCAGCGCAGACGAAGGAAGAGAGAAAACGCUAUGCUCGCUGAAAUCCACCACAACCCGCUGCCGCCAAUCCCACCGAGGCCGUUGCGACGCAAAGACUGCACACCCGACCUCUACCAGUCCGACGAUGAAGGCAUCGUGGCCAGCCAAGAAGACAUCGUCAGCUUGACUCGCGCCAUAGACAUUAGCGAACGCACUGCCUGAAACUAACUGCACUUAAUUUUUAGCAAUAUCAUCCAAAUGAUUGCAGUCUACUUUCAACAUGCUAACGUAGCAAUAAAAAAAA